GGUCACGUUGGGAAACAAUCAAAUAGAUUGCGAACGUAGAGAAACGUUUGAUGGCUGAAUUUGAGGCUGUAACCGUGCGUUCGCAAGCUCACACGUGUAAUAUAACGUCAUGCUUCAUUGGUUACGGUUCGGAGUGUUGUAGGAUACUAAAAUCAUUUUCUUCUUCUAAUGACAUACAGUUGACUAAUACAUGUAGCUGCUGUUGAUGAAAAAUGAGGAAACAGAAACAGAGGAAUUUGAAAACUGGGAGUAACUUGUCAAAAAACAACACACUGACCCUACAGGAGGCGCUACGCAUGUUUGGUCCUGUCAUCGCCGUCGUCGUCGCGUUUAUCGGUACCAUCAUUCACUUCAAGUCCAACCAGUUAUCGGCUGCAUCUCAGGAUGGUCAACAAACUGGCGGGUGUAUUCUGUCGAAACCGUACAUCUACAACUACACAUCGGGAUUCCUGAGACGAGACUUCAACAUGCAGAAAUACUCGUUUCCGUACAGUGGAAGCAGCAUAGACCGCAGAUCUUGCCUGUCCAUUCAAGAGUUCUGGGACGUCUAUGAUGCCAAGUGGCCUGUUCUUAUCACAGACGUCGUUCCCAAGUGGAACGCGUUUAGCUGGACAAGUAAAUACUUUUCCGAUCACUAUGGCGAUGAACGUGUCGUCAUGAAGGCAUGUCGAGGCAUGUUACGAGAUGCUACGAGCUUGGCUCUGCCUCUGAAAUUGUUCCUGAAACAUCUUAACGAUAGCUCGCCUACCAGUUGGACGUACUUUGAGGAUGAGCUGUUCUUGCCCCUCAGAAAGGAGUUACGCAGUCAGAUUCCAGCAAACGACUACAACUCUGAGAACUGGUUUAAUCUGUUUCCGCCCGAACUGCGGCCGUGGGAUUGUAUGAUUCUGUGGGGCACCGCGUACUCACGGUCCUCUCUUCACAUCGAUCCCUACAACUGGACGGGAACCAAUGCUGUUUUAAAAGGAAAGAAGAGGUGGCGGCUUUUCCCACCUGGCCAGGACAGUCUGCUAUCAGUGUAUCCUGAUAGAAAGUGUGGUUUCCCUCUGGAGUGCAUGAAAUACAAUAGUCCUAUUGAUGCCUUUUCAUUGGAGACGAAUGAAGUUACGUUUCCACUCUUUAAAAGAGCAUUCUACCUGGAAUUUGAACAGCAGCCGGGAGAACUACUCAUCAUUCCCACAGGGUGGUUCCACCAGGCCUACAAUGUGGAGACAACUCUUGCGAUCUCUGGCCAGAUCAUGAACAGAAAUAAUCACUUAAUCAUUCUCGAAGAGAUCUUGAAGGCUGGGGUCAUCAAGCGUUCUGCAAUCCCAUCUUACUUCAAUGAGCUGGAGCCAAAGGAACAGGUGAAGCUGUUCGUGUCUCUGUUGCCAAAGAAGGUGAUAGAGAAAGGCAAGAUGGUGACGGAGGAGGUGAUAAACCAGGUCAAACAGACAUCGAAGUGAAGAAUUUCAAAUGGAACAACCCUUUGUUGAUACAACAGAGUCAGUAGUGUUUAAGUUUAGUAUAAUCAGGGGUGUGAGGCUUACAGCUGUGUAAUUAGUUAUAUUUAACAGACAUCGAAGUGAAGAAUUUCCAAUGGAACACUGUUUGAUGAUACAACACAGUUUUGUUUAAGUUAAGGAUACUCGGGGUGGGGGGAGUGGGGUGUGUGUGUCUGUGUUAUUCUUAAGGUUACAGUGAACUGUGUAAUUAGUUGUACUUAAGGUCAUGGUAACCUUGAGGAUUAGUUAUAUUUAAGAUUAUGAUAACCUGUAAAAUGAGUUGUACUUACAUUUACAGUGACCAUACAGGUCUGUUUUACUUUGUUUAGUUAAUUAUGUAAGAUCAGUUGUACUUAAGGUUAUGGUAACAUUAAGAUCAGUUGUGCUUAUAGUAACCUGCAAGAUCAUUUGUUCUUCAGUUGUAGGCUACUUGGUUAGGUAAUAUGUAAUAUCAGUUGUACUUAAAUUUGUGGUAAUAUUUAUGAUCAUUUGUACUUAAGUUUACAGCAGUCUGUAAGAUCAGUUGUUCUUAAGGUUACUGUAACCUGAAAAAUCAGUUUUACUUAGUUGGCAUAAUACAUGUAAGAUCAGUUGUAUUUAAUAUUAUAGUAACCUGUAUAUAGUCCAGUUGUAUUUAAGUAUAUGUUACCCUGUAUGUUAAAACUUAAAAUAAAGGUUACUAUAACCUUUUAAAAAUCAGUUUUAAUUAGGUUACUGUAUUAUUUGAUAUUAGUUGUAUUUAAGUUUACAGUAACCUGUAUGUCCAGUUGUUAUUGUUACUCUCUAUGUUAAAAAAAAAAGGUUACUGUAACCUAUAAAAUCAGUUUUAAUUAUAGUCCGUCCCAUCUUCGUACAAAAAUGUUUUUUGUAAAUAAUUUCAGUUUGGUUUGACGUAAGAAAAAAAGUUAGUGUUUUGGAAAUAACACAAAACAAAUACAAUAUUUGUGUGCAAUUUAGAAAACAGUCGGCUCAGAAAUAAAUAACUUAGUAAAUUCCAUAGUAUGAAACAAACUGAACAUUGGACCAAGUAAAAAGUCUCUUUUUUAGGAAUAUUUGGUUUAGAGCAACCCCUGCAAUUAAGAAAAUGUCCACGGCGAAAAAAACAUACCCUUGAAAAAAAAAACCUUGAAUAUAGUUCAAGGCAAAAAAAACCUCGGCAAUUUACACAGCAUUGCUGAUUGCCGUGGACAACUGCAGGGGUUGUAGAGAGAUUCUGUUUUGGGCCCCGUUUAGGAAGUUAUCUUAGCGCUGAAGUUUUCUUAAAGGGACAGACCCUAGUUUCAACCCAUGAAAAUUAACACUAAGUUUAGUUAAAGGGACAGACCCUAGUUUCAGCCCGUGAAAAUUAACACUAAGUUUAGUUAAAGGGACAGA